ACACGCAGAGCGCGCGCAGCGGCUGCCGGUUCCGGACCUGCGACGCUGCUGCGACAGGAUGCUGUCUCCGAGCUAUCUCGCGGCCGCCGUGGCGUCUGUGCUUCUCGUACUCGACCCGCCGUCGUCACACGCGAAAUCUCUUGGCACUGGCAGUAACUGGUGGAGAGAUAAUUGUUUCGCCCCAUCGGAGCUAUGUGACGCAUACGAGCAACAGAGGAUGGAUGGUUUGCUGGGUCCUCCAGGAAUAAAUACAGAUCGGAAACCGUGGAAGGGCCAGAACACGAUGCAGUACGAGUGCCACAGCGUUUAUGGACCGAAAAGAAGGGACUGCCUGCUAGCCUCUUCAGGUGCUCCAAGGGAAGAAGUAUGUCCUCAUCAGUUUUCUCAGGUGCUGUAUGGUGACCAAGCAGCUGUCAACAUUGAAAAUAUUAAACAAUUCCAAGAAGAUACAAGAUCCAAACAACAUCAGAUGUGGGCGGAUCCGAGAGUUUGUGUAUCUGGAAUGAGUUUUCAGUUUGCUAUGAAGGAUCAAAUCCAGAACUGUUUAGCAAUGCUUUCGAAGCCGGUAAAUUGUUAUUCAGAUAUAACUUGUAAGAGUAUUGAAGAGGUUGUCUCUUCUAUAUGGAGAAAUGGUACAAGUCGUAGUGGUGUAAUUGAGUCGAUAGGUAAUAAUACUUCCUUCAACGAAUCUAGCACAUGUGGGGGCGGAUAUCUGAAAGGGUUUUAUUUUGACGUUUAUAGGGACAUGUGGUUAGACAUAGACGAAUGCAGUGAAAAUAUUUCAGGGUGCGCUCACGAGUGUGAAAACACAAUUGGCAGUUACAGCUGCAAAUGCAGACCGGGCUAUUUCCUACAGGACGAUCAGAAGUCAUGCCAGGAUAUAGACGAGUGUGGCCGAAACAUGUCUGGAUGCGCCCAGGAAUGUGAGAACACAGAUGGCAGCUUUAGCUGCAGAUGCCAAGAAGGCUUCUCUCUGAUGCCGGAUAAGAAGUCGUGCGAAGAUAUCGACGAAUGUCGGCGAAACAUGUCUGAGUGCUCUCACAAGUGCGUGAACACGAUCGGUAGCUACAAAUGCAAGUGCAGGAAGGGCUACUUCCUCAUGGACGACCAGAAGUCGUGCGACGACCACGACGAGUGCGCGCGUGACAAGAACGGCAGGAGGUACGCGCCGUGCACGCACCUGUGCGUCAACGUCGCGAACGGCUUCAUGUGCGGCUGUCCGGAGGGCUUCGUCAUCGAUAGGCGCAACAUCGCCACGUGCAUAGACGUCCGCAACGUGGACGUUCCCCCUCCUGGCACUAGACCCAAGUCACAGGGGCAGUAGGCUGCCGUAGAGGCACCUUCCGUGUGUCGGCCAGUUAAUAUUUUUAAUAUAAAAUGAGCUGGAGAUGAUGUAACGCGGUACUAUACUUCCCACCCCUUUCGAUGGAUGCGUUGCGGAGAAUUCGUGAAGAGAAUGUGAAUAUGGAGGGGGUUAGGCAGGGAAAAGAUCGAGGGAAUUUGGGAAAGAAGGAUGGUUAAGGUUUGACACCUCGUCGUUGUAAAGUUAAUUAGAGACACAGAAAUAGCUAGUCGGUUCUUUGUUAUUUCUGCAACCAUCUUCAGAUCGUUCCACACGUGAAAAACAAGCAUCACAUUAAUUCGUAAAUACCAAGGCAAUAACAGUACGUAGCUUAAAAACAUCACCGUGAGCAAGCCAGGUUGUUUUUAAACUAUGUACUACUAUUCUCUUGGUGUUUAUGAAUGCAGGUUAUUGCAUGAACACAGCUAACGAAUCUUUCCAAUUUCCAAUGCUUUUCACGUUGCAGACAGCAACCAAAACUAGUUAUCGUACUUUAAUUGUAGCAGAAAAAUUGCGGCCUAGGCAAUGAAACUUGUUUUUACGUAAAAAUCAAAUUAUUUAAUAAACCACAUUAAGACCGCCGUCGCCUCCCUGACAUUGUCAGGCUUCACUAGUAAUCUUUUAGGAUGGUUUCUUGGCCAAAUCUGUGAAGUAUUUUCGUAUGGAUCAGAAAAUUACACGCAAAAAUUUCCCAGAUCAUAGCUCACAAAAUGUUUUGCUACAGAAAUUGUCACAGAGAUUAAUAUGAGAUGUCGUAGAAUGCUGUCCUUGUCAAUCAGCAACAUCCCAAAUUUGGCAGUCCCAAGUAAAUUCAAGUCAUUUUUAUCAUGGAUCCAGGCAUCGUCUACCACCUUUGCAGAUUUGUUAUAAUAGGGUUCGCUGAAAUACCAGGGAAAGUAAGAGCCUGCUUCUCUUGCGUUAUUCACUACGUCAUUUGGCCUUCAAAACUAUUUAAUCUCCUCUGGUAGUCCACUCUCAGAGAUUGAUGGAACGUGCGUUUCUGGUCACUUUCUUGAAGAGUCGUGGACUGACGUUAAGUGAAAUAUGUUGUCGAUGAUUUAAUUCCACUGAAUGAUACUAAACGAUGUGGCAAAGAAAUUGAAUUGUAUUCAGCAGUUGUUGUUCAUUUCAAAUUUCUAUCUGGACCACAAAGAUUAAAGUUUAUCAUGAUGAGUGCUAGAAUAAUUGUUUAAGUUCAGGGAAAUUUUCUUACUCUCCAGUGUUCUGCCUCUAACGACCUCGACGUCGACUAGUUAAACUGAAGCCUUUUGCGAACGGGCUUUGUCCGUUUUUUUUUUCACUAAGCUAUCGAAGCUUAAUUCACGUAAUUUGUAGUAAUCUAUCAGAAAGUAACAGGUCGGUGAUGAAAACAUGAUUUUGUAACUUAUUAAAUUAUCAGGAACAUGAAUAUGCACUUACAAGUCCUUAUAUUGUUUUCGUAAACGAGCUACGACACACGAAACUCGACGUCUCUCUUAAUGCAGUUGUUAAAGUUCAUUCUGUAGGUGGAGCAUUAAUUUUUUACCAAAAUUCAUUUAAUCUGAAAGAUUAGAAGAAAUGGAAAAAAUACGAUGUAUAUUCAGCUUUAAUGUGUAUUGCAGAUAUGACUUGAGUGGAAUUUUGAGGAGCUAAUUCGACUGAGAUAAACAGUUGCUAAAAAACGUAUGAAGUAUUUUAAGGGUGGAUACGUGCAGUCUUCAUAAAAAUAUAUGAAACUUGAUUAGCUUUGAAGUAAUGUUUUCAGGACAUCUUCAGAAAUGAGAAAGAUAUCCUUCCAGGGAACUAUCUAGUCGCCCCAUAUCAGUAUGAUGUCACUUUUCUAGUGUCACUUCCGUUUGUCACCAACCACAAUUAUUUCUUCUGGCAGGUGUUACAUCAUCAAACUCACAACUACCCUUACCACUCAGAGACGCCCAUUAUAGAUAAUAUUUGUGUGGAUUAAGAAAUUUUUCUGGCUGACGUAAUGAACUUACCAUUUUAUUCAGCUCUUAUUUGUAAUCCUCUCUCACCUGUGCUAGACUUCAAAUGUAAUGAAGUGAUGGUGUAUACAAGUACUU